CCUCUCCUCAUCCCACUAUCCUUCACUACUCUUGAGUUCCAGACCGCCUUGGGGAACAUCUGAGACACGUCAGCAUACUAGAGGGUCAACAUAUUCGGAUUCAGCUCUUCAUAACUCUUGAGCUUUUUAGAAGCCAUUGUCUGCAGCCAUAGAUCUGGUAUGUUGAUCAGAUCUGGUUCUUGGGUCUCAAGCUUUAGGAUCUAAUAUUUAGGCCUGCAGGAAGGGAACCUCCACUUGAUUAAGUCCUGGAGUAUGAAGGUGAGCCAAGUGCUGCAGCUGUCCAUUUUGGUGGUGGGACUCUGUCAGGCCCACCGUGCCCCACCACCAGCUGAUCCUUCCACAUCACAGGAGGAAGGUGAAGUCACUGUCUCCCAGCUGAGGAUGCUCUCUCUGGGACUGGCUCACCUGCUGCAGGGGUUGGAUGAGAAUGCCAAGCGUCUGGAGCAGCAGGGAGACCUGGUGGAAGAAGAGCUGGACAAGGUCACAAGGAGUCUGGAGAGCCUUUGCAAGCACAGUUUACAGGCAAGACGAACUCACAGGCAGGUGAGGAAGGACCUGCAGAUACUGAGUGCCAGGGGGGACAGGCUGUGGGGGGCUGUCAGAGAUCUGCAGGAAGGGCUGGAGGAUCUGGAGACUGAGCAGGGAGCUACGCAGCACCGAAUAAACCGGAUCCUCCAGAGGCUGAAGGGUCUGACUGAGCCAAGCCUGGAGGGUCAGCUCGAUGUCAGCUCUGUGAAGGUUAUCAUUGAUAAACAGGCCCGACGGCUCGCCAGUUUGACCUCAGAGGUUUCAGCCCGAGACAGACUGAUUGACAGACGCUGGCAGUAUAUUGAUCGCCUGGAGAAAGAAGUACAUAACAACACAAGUAUCUGAGAGGCUCCCAGCAGCAUGUAGGGCAGAUUCCGACUCCAGCUUUGUCUGAUGAGCACAGCUGCAUCAACAGGAACUCUGAAGCAAUCCACCCUCAGUGAGGAUGGCUUUGUAAAGCGGACAAAAUGAACUUAUCUGAAACUGACAAAAGCAUGUGUCAAAAUCAACAAGUGUGCAGCCUAAUUUAGAUUG